AUGAAAUUGAGAACGAUUCUCUACAGCCAGGAUUUAGUGUUGGGUGUGAUCGAACUACUAAUGUUGCUCGUUCUGGCUUCAAUACUAUUUUCGUUACAUCUUACAGCCCUAGCAAAAUACCUGCGAAAACCACGAAAAACCUUUUUCCGCUCCCUAACUGACAUCGAUGGACAUCUGUAUGCCCUGGACAGGCGUCUGCUGCCAUCGAAAGGUGAAAGCCAUCAGUGUGUAGCGGUACUGGGUACAUCGAUGGCCGCUCUGGUUUUCUAUGUAUUGGCCAAUUAUCAACGAUUGGAUAGGGCGAAUGCAGUGGUGCUUGCAUUUAAAGCCUACGCCCUAUUUACGAUCGUUUUGGCCAGUGGUUUGUUCCUGGUUUUGUGCCGUCAGCUACGAUUCAGAAUCAAAUGCAUCGUCGCGCAUUUGCACAAGAUUAUUAACAUUGCUCCAAAGUGUGGUAUUUCGAAGGGAAACACACUUCCACCGACACAUAAGGCACCGGUAAUGUUGCUCCGUGAUUUCCGCUCGUUGGCAAUCGUUCAAACGGAGUGCUUUAGGGCGGCGGAAUCCUUGAACAAGGAUUGCGCUAUGAUGAAUUUGUCCUUGUUCGCUUUGGUAUUCUACAUCCUCACUUCCAAAAGUUUUCAAUUGUUUUACCAAAUCGAACAAUUAGGACACCAGAUUUUUCAUCAGCCGGUCGGAUUGACGGUGGACAACUUUUUCCAAAUUGAUCUUAAGUUUUUCCAUCUGGUUAUGGCCUCCGUCGGUACCUAUUUGAUCAUUCUUCUGCAGUUCGAUUUUAACAAUUAA